AUGGAUAGUCCUAUAAUGGAAGAAGUUAUACAACAGAAAAUUGGUGGUGAAUUUCCAAGUUUGAUUUGUGACGAGAUUGUAAUAUCACCAAUUCGUCCUCGUGUUCGUCGUGCACAAACAAUAAAACAAAAUACAAAUGAAAAUGAAAAUAAAAAUGUUGAAGCAUCAAAUAUUUCUUCAAUUGGUCAACAUAUGUCAUCAAUUAAUGAAAUAAAUUCAAAUGAAAUAAAUUCAAACGAAACAGCUGAAAAUAUGGAUUCAUUGAAUAUUGAUGAAAAUACUUUACCAGCAAAAAAUUAUACUGAUGAUAAUCAAUCCAAUAUUCAAUCGAACAUUACAACAUAUGAUUUAUUUGAUAAUGGUCAAAUUCAAUCAUCAAUGGAUGAUAAUUAUUUUAAUAAUACUUUACCAUUUGUUCAUCAAUUAUCAAUUCAUCAUGUUUUAACAAAUAAUCAAUUUGAUGAUAAUAUUUCACCAAAUGAUGAUGAUUAUGUACAAAAUAAUUGCAUUUCACCACCAAAAGAACAAUUUCAACAUAAUCAUGUAAUAGUCAAGGAUAUUUUGUCAUUCGGCAAUGAUAUUCAAUUAAAUAGUAAUGAAUGUGAUGAUAUUAGUACCUUGUCGAUUAAUGAUAUGGAUGAUGAUGUAUUACCAGCUUAUAUUCUACAAUUACAACAAGAUAGACAAGAUAUGAUAAAAGAUUUUGAUAGUAAAAUUGAUGCAACUAAAUUACAAUUAGAUGCAACUAAAUUACAAUUAGAAGAUAUUGCUAAUCAAUUUAAAAAUGUUAGUGAUAAAUUAUAUAAUUUAAUUGAUACGAAACAUCAACAAAGCGAAAAACUAUUAAAAAAAAUCAAUCAACAUCUAAGAAAAUACAAAAGCAAAAAUAGAUUAGGUAUUAAUAAAGUACCAAAAACACGUGUAAAACGUAUAAAAAAUCGAUUAUUUUAA